AUGAGAGACUUUUUGGAUGACUUCGAGUCACAUCCGUCUUAUUACAGACGAAUCGAAACUACUGUCAUAUUAGAAGACGGAUCACAAAUGAAUCCAUGGAUUUAUUUCCUAUUAGACUUCAAACCAGAACUUUUAGAUUUAGUCACUUAUGAAGACUAUAACAGUUAUGGAGACCACGGCUUACCAUAUGUCGAAAGGGAGAAAGGAAUCGCAGAAUUUGUAGGAAAGGGUCAAACAGUGGAUAAGUGGCCGCUUGUCAUCUCAUCCAAGUAUAACAUACCAUAUCUAUUAAAUAAAAAGGAUUUCGGAAAAAGAAUUUGCGGAGAGAUAUAUUCAGUUGACGAUAAAAUGAGAGACUUUUUGGAUGAUUUCGAGUCACAUCCGUCUUAUUACAGACGAAUCGAAACUACUGUCAUAUUAGAAGACGGAUCACAAAUGAAUCCAUGGAUGUAUUUCCUAUUAGACUUCAAACCAGAACUUUUAGAUUUAGUCACUUAUGAAGACUAUAACAGUUAUGGAGACCACGGCUUACCAUAUGUCGAAAGUGAACAGACAUCGAGUAUUGACGACAUGAAUGGGUGAAAGUAUGUGUUAAGCCUUUGAUCCUAAUUCCGUCACAAAUACCACC